GCUCAGUGGAAAUAACCGAAGAUGUCGGCUCGGUCAUGUGAUCAGCUGUGUCCAAUCACAGCUGAUCUCAUGGGACAUGUACACUGAUCAUCAGGGCACUGAUGAGCAGUGUGCCCUGAUGAUCAGUGUAGCCCCAGCAGUGCCACCUGUCAGUGCUCAUCAGUGCCACAUCAGUGCCUACCAGUGCAUAUCAAUGCCACAUAUCAGUGUCUACCAGUGCACACCAAUGCCACAUAUCAGUGCCCAUCUGAGCUGCCUUUCAGUGCCAGUCAGUGCCACCUAUCAAUACCAGUCAGUGUUGCAUAUCAGUACGCAUCAGUGCCCGUCAGUGCUACCUAUCAGU